AGUAAAACAGUUCAACGAAAAGAGGCGUUAACCUCCUUCAUCCUAAAACAGACCUCCGAAAAAGAAAAAGGAAAAAAAACGGAAAAUACAGAGAAAACGGCAAUGAUGAAUGUCGGUGGCGGAACCGCCAACGACGAUGGAGCCUCCGCCGUGUCGCGAUGGAGCUUUACCCUCUGGAGGCAGUACCAACACAUGCUAGACAAGUCGACGCCGCUAGUGCUCCGCCGCUGGAUCAUCUUUUCUAUUGUGGUGCUCAUAUAUGCUUUGCGGGUGUACCUAGUCCAAGGAUUCUACAUCAUCACCUACGCACUCGGUAUCUACAUCAUCCAACUCCUCCUCGCCUUCCUUUCCCCGCAGGUUGAUCCCGAGAUCCACGAGCUUUCCGAAGGUCCUACCCUCCCCACCCGGGGCUCCGACGAGUUUCGCCCUUUUGUUCGACGCCUCCCUGAAUUCAAGUUCUGGCAUUCACUCACAAAGGCAUUCUGCAUUGCUUUUGUGUUGACAUUCUUCAGUGCUUUUGAUGUGCCAGUUUUUUGGCCAAUUCUAUUGUUCUAUUGGAUUGUGCUCUUUAUCACGACGAUGAAGAGGCAGAUAAUGCACAUGGUGAAAUACAAAUAUGUCCCCUUCACAUUUGGAAAGCAGCGUUACACAGGGAAGAAAGCAGCAGCCUCAUCUGCGGAUGCAGUUUUGGUAGACUGAACCAUAUAGUAUGGUAGAUUCUGAUUUUCAUUGAGAAGCAGACAGAAUUAGAUUAUCUGGUCAAGUAUUUGUUUUCCCUAGGAAAAUAGCCACAUGAGAUGUACUCAAUCUCUGGUUUAAAAACAUGAGCCACUUGAUCCUUUGUAACUGCAUAGUUAUAAUAUAUCUCCUUUUUCUAAUUCUCAAUGGAUGGCAGGAUGGGUAGUUAGUAUUGGUGUUACAACAUCAAAGCUGCUCAACUCUCUUUAUUUUGUCAUGUUUGAUUGAUUGAUUUCAUAUUGCUCUGCCUUGUUGUUUACAGCACUCGUUGUUGUAUGCUCCUAGCAGUGUGUGAAUUUAUUAUAGCGAGCAGCAUUCUAUUCAUAUUAUGUACGGAGUAUUAUACUCUUUGAUUUUUGGACAAGGUAUUCUGCCUUCAAGGGUCUGCAUUUGAACAAGGGAUGAUAGGUCAAUGGUUUGG